AUGUUGGACGUUCUAAUUCGGACCGGGAGUGCCUAUCGGGUCGACCUGGCCAUAUCCUUCGUCGUCCUCCUCGUCGUCUCAUAUCUCGCUCGAACCAUAAGCCAGCGUCAAAAGUACUCCAAGUUCCCGCUGCACAGCAACAAGUCCAUAUCCAAUACCAAGCUGCUGCUUGCAGAGGGCUUCAGCAAGUAUAAAAAUGCAUUCCACAUGAACACCGCCCUUGGAAAGGAUAUCAUCCUCUCUGCGGGCUAUGUCAACGACAUCAAGAGCGACCCUCACCUGGAUUUCGCAAAGGCAAUUUUCUCAACACUCCUCACCCACCUGUCAACCUUUCACCAUAUCGAGGAGGCAGGCAAAAACGAGGUUCUGAAAGAGACAAUCAAAAGCAAACUGUCACGAUUGCCCAUACAUCUCAAGCUGGCCCUAUCCGAAGAGGCAACGGCAGUUAUUCGUGAAAAGUUCACUGAUAACGAAGAGUGGCAUGAGCUUUCCAUCAAGGAGACCAUUGUCAAGAUUGUGGCUCGCGUGUCUUCAAGGGUUUUCCUCGGAGAGGAGCUCUGCCGUAACGAGGAAUGGUUAAGGAUCACCGCCGAUUACACGGUGAAUCUAUUUGUUGCCAUCAACGAGCUCCAGACCUGGCCGGCAUCGCUGCGUCCCAUCGUCCAGUGGUUUCUCCCGACGUGUCAACUGAUACGUAACCAGGUAGCCGAUGCACGCCGACUCAUCCAACCGGUCAUUGAUCAACGACAUGCGGAAAACAACGAACGACUUCGCCAGGGCAAGCCGGUCAAGGAGUACGACGAUGCAAUUUCGUGGCUGGACGCAAAGGCUGGCGGUCGAGACUUCGACGCAGCAAUCGCCCAACUAAGUCUCUCCUUCGUGUCAAUCCACACCACGACAGAUCUGUGCACCCAGGCCAUCUACGACAUCUGCGCCAACCCUGAGCUCGUCCAGCCGCUCAGAGAAGAGGCCAUCAGCGUGCUAGGAAACCGUGGCUGGGAUACAACUUCUCUAUACCAGAUGAAGCUCCUGGAUAGUGUCAUCAAGGAGAGUCAGAGACUCAAACCUGCAGGCCUACUCGCCAUGAAGAGAUAUGCAACCCAAGACAUAACGCUCUCAGACGGGCUUGUUGUUCCUCGUGGAGCGAGCCUUUCUGUAUCUACCCACGGUCACUGGGAAGAGUCCGUGUAUCCUGAACCCAACAAAUUCGACGGAUACCGCUUCCUCAAGAUGAAGGGAGACCAUGAAAAGGACAGGAUGGCCAACCUCGUUGCCACCAGUCCAGAUCAUCUGGGCUUCGGCCACGGCAUACACGCCUGCCCCGGCCGAUUCUUUGCCGCGGACGAGCUCAAGAUCUUACUCACCCAUAUUCUUCUCAAGUAUGAUAUCAAGGUCCCAGAAGGUACUGACACCACCCCAUUCACGAUGCCUGGUGGGGCAUUCAUGUCGACCAGCGCGCGGGUUGCCAUCAGGCGGCGAAAGGAGGAAAUUACUCUGUAA